AUGUUACCAUCCUUUAUUGACCGCGCACCAUCUGGCAAGGAAGAGGGCAGUGUCAUUGCCCUCGACAUCGGUGGUUCAACGAUGCGCGUGGCAUUGAUCAAGCUCAACCCAACCGCCAACAGUGUCGCAGAUCGUUUGAAAGUGGAACGGAAACAGCAGUGGUUAAUCGAGCAAUGCGUCAAAGAGCUGUAUGCAGAUAGGUUUUUCGACUGGAUCGCGCAGAACGUUAAAACUUUCUUCGAGAACCAAGGGAUGACAAUUGAUGGUGAGUUAUCAAGCAUCCCCCUUGGCUUGGUAUGGUCAUUCCCACUAGACCAGAAGAUGCUCAAUGACGGCGAGCUCAAGGAUAUGGGGAAGGGUUUUAGAGUAGGCCUGGACCUCAAGGGCAAGAGUAUCAACGCAUGCUUGUCUGCAGCUUUUGAGAGGCUGGUGCGUCUGGCAAGAAUGCAACUUCGUUUCUCAUGA